AUGGCUCGAGAGGACGAAUACGAUUACUUGUUUAAAAUUGUGUUGAUUGGUGACUCAGGUGUUGGAAAGAGUAAUUUGCUUUCACGUUUCACUCGAAAUGAAUUCAACCUCGAAAGUAGAAGCACAAUCGGAGUGGAAUUCGCAACACGAAGCAUUCAAGUAGAUAAAAAAACAAUUAAAGCACAAAUAUGGGACACCGCUGGGCAAGAACGAUACCGUGCAAUAACCAGCGCUUAUUACCGCGGUGCAGUGGGCGCUCUACUUGUUUAUGAUAUAAGUAAACAUAACAGCUAUGAAAAUGUCGAACGAUGGUUGAAAGAGUUACGCGAUCAUGCCGAUUCAAAUAUUGUGAUCACGCUAGUAGGAAACAAAUCUGAUUUAAGACAUUUACGCUCAGUACCAAGUGACGAAGCAAAAGCUUUUUCUGAAAAAAAUGGCAUUUCGUUCAUCGAAACUUCCGCAUUAGAUUCAACGAACGUCGAGCAAGCGUUUCAGACGAUUCUCACCGAAAUCUAUCGGAUCGUUUCUCAACGGCAAGUCAACGACUCGACCAAUUCGCCGAACAGUAGUGGAGGGAACUCAUCAAUUAUAUCCAUCGAUCCAACAAAGCAUUUCGCCUCUUUUCUCUACUAUUUGCAAAGCAAAUACUACCAGAAUAGAAAAAGAAUUUUCUUAAUUCUCCUGAAAGUAUUCUUUGAACUCGAAACCAACAAAUAUUCACUUAACAAUCCUCAUAGCCAUAGUUACUAUACAGUCUAA